CGUCUCUGAAUCUCUUCCCGGACAAGUGACCUGUGACCCGGAUGCUCUCGGGCGGACACGCCGUGGGAUCCUUCGACAUGCGGCUGGUUCCUGCUCGGUGAUCUGAGGGAGACACACCCGAACGGUCCGGUUCGACUAAGAUGUGUGGAUUCUGACCCGACCGUCCAGGAGGAGCUAUCGGACCCAUGGCCUGCCAGUCUGCCGUCAUGGACGAGCAGGCGCUGCUGGGCCUCAACCCCAACGCCGACGCCCGCUACCGGCAGCGGGCCAUGGCUUACUUUGAGCAGCUGAAGGAGUCUCAGGAUGCCUGGGAGGUUUGUGCAGAAGCUCUGGCCAAAGGGAUCUACAGUGACGACCACGUCAAGUUCUUCUGCUUCCAAGUUCUGGAGCAUCAGAUCAAGUUCAGACAUGCAGGUCUGAGUGGCACCCAGCAGCAGCUCAUCAGAGAGACCCUGAUGAAGUGGCUCCAGGUUCAGCUGAUGAACGCUCAGCCGGAGAAGCCCUUCAUCAGGAACAAAGCUGCUCAGGUGUUGGCCCUCACCUUCGUCAUGGAGUACCUCACUCUGUGGCCCAAGUUCUUCUUCGACAUCCUGUCUCUGGUCGGCCUGAACCCCCACGGAGUCGACGUCUACCUGAGGACCCUGAUGGCCAUCGAUGCCGAGGUGGUGGACCGGGACAUCCUGCACUCACCUGAGGAGACCCGUAGGAACACUCUGAUCAAAGACUCCAUGAGGGAGCAGUGCAUCCCCAGCCUGGUGGAGUCCUGGUUCCAGAUCCUGCAGACCUACCAGCUCACCCACCCAGAGCUCACCUGCCAGUGUCUGGAGGUGGUGGGAGCCUACGUGUCCUGGAUCGACCUCAACCUGAUUGCCAACGACCGGUUUGUGAACGUGCUGCUGAGCCAGAUGUCGGUGGAGGAGCUGCGUGAGGAGGCGUGUGACUGCCUGUUUGAGAUCGUCAAUAAGGGGAUGGAUCCGGUGGAUAAGACCAAGCUGGUGGAGUCUCUCUGCCAGGUGUUGCAGUCUGCCGGCUUCUUCAACGUGGAUCAGGAGGAGGACGUGGACUUCCUGGCCAAGUUCUCUCGGCUGGUGAACGGGAUGGGCCAGAGUCUGGUGCUCAGCUGGACCAAGCUUGUCAAAGCUGGAAACGUGAAGGAGGCGGCGGAGACGCUGCAGGCGGUGGAGGCCAAGGUUCCUCUGAUGCUGCAGCUGCUGGUCCACGAGGAUGACGACAUCUCAGCAAACAUCGUGGGCUUCUGCUACGAAUACCUGCACGUCCUCAAACAGCUUCCUCAGCUGACGGACCAGCAGAAGGCCAACAUCGAGGCCGUGAUGCUCGCUGUCAUGAAGAAGCUGACCUACGACGACGAGUACAACUUUGAGAACGAGGGGGAGGACGAGGCGAUGUUUGUGGAGUACAGAAAGCAGCUGAAGAUGCUGCUGGACCGACUUGCUCAGGUUUCACCAGAACUGCUGCUGGAAGCCGUCCGCCGAGUCUUCAGCAACACCAUGCAGGCGUGGCAGACGGCGGCCUUCAUGGAGGUGGAGGUGGCCAUCCGGUUGCUCUACAUGUUGGGUGAAGCUCUACCAGCGUCUCAUGGAGCUCAUUUCAGUGGCGACACGGCGAAGACGAGCGCCCUGCAGGACAUGAUGCGGACGCUGGUGUCCUGUGGCGUCAGCAGCUACCAACACACCUCUGUCUCUCUGGAGUUCUUUGAAACCGUCGUCCGGUACGAUAAGUUCUUCAUCGUGGAGCCGCAGCACAUUCCCAAUGUCCUGAUGGCGUUUCUGGACCAGAGAGGUCUGAGACACAACAGCCCAAAGGUCCGCAGCAGAGUGGCCUACCUGUUCUCCAGGUUCAUCAAGACCCUGCAUAAACAUAUGAACGCCUUUGUUGAAGACAUCCUGACCAGGAUCCAGGAUCUGCUGGAACUCGCUCCUCCGGAGAAUGGUUUCCCGGCGCUGCUGACCAGCGACGACCAGCUGUUCAUGUUUGAGUCAGCGGGGGUUCUGAUUGUGAAUGGGGAGAGUCCUGUGGAGAGGAAGCAGGCCCUGAUGAGGAGUCUUCUGGCUCCGCUGAUGGACGCCUUCCGCCUGCUGCUCAACAAGCUGCCGCUGGAAACGGACGAGGAGCGCCAGGUCGCCAUCGCCGACUGUCUGAGCCACGCCGUCGGCUUCGCCAGUCGGACCAGUAAGGCGUUCAGCAACAAGCAGACGGUGAAGCAGUGCGGCUGUACUGAGGUCUACAGAGACUGUCUGCAGACCUUCCUGCCUGCACUGAGCUGCCCCGUCCAGCGGGGGGUGCUGAGGAGCUCGGUUCGCUCCUUCCUGCACCGGAUGAUCAUCUGUCUGGAGGAGGAGGUCCUGCCCUUUGUCCCUGCAGCCUCCGAGCACAUGCUGAAGGACUGCGAGGCCAAAGAUUUGCAGGAGUUCAUCCCCCUCAUCAGUCAGAUCACGGCCAAGUUCAAGCGGCAGGUGUCUCCCUUCCUGCAGCAGGUCUUCAUGCCGCUGGUCCUCGCCAUCUUCGAGGUGUUGGCUCGGCCGGCCGAGGACAAUGACCAGGCGGCGGCGCUGGAGAAGCAGAUGUUGAGGAGGAGCUACUUCAGCUUCAUCCAGGCCAUAACAGGGAGCGGCAUGAACGAGGUGAUGGCCAACCAGGGAGCUGAGAACAUCGAGCGGGUGGUCUUCACCAUCAUCCAGGGAGCCGUGGACUUCCCUGACCCGGUCGCCCAGAAGACCUGCUUCAUCAUCCUGUCCAAACUGGUGGAGCUGUGGGGAGGGAAGGACGGGAUGGUGGGCUUCCCAGACUUCAUCUACAAGCACAUCGUUCCCGCCUGCUUCCUGGCUCCUCUCAAACCCACCUUCGACCUGUCGGACGCUCAGACGGUUCUGACGCUGUCGGAAUGCGCCGUCACUCUGAAGAUGAUUCAUCUCAAACGGGGGCCGGAGUUCAUCCAGUUUCUGCAGCAGGAAUACCUGCCGUCCCUGCAGGUGGCGCCAGAGAUCUCACAGGAACUCUGUCAGGUUCUACAGCAGCCCGACGUCAAAGUCCUCAAGAACUACAUCAAGGCGUUCUUCCAGCGGGCCAAGCUGUAGGAUCAAACUGGAAGUUCAUGGGGACUGGAAGACUGACAGGAAGUGGUCACUUCACCACUUUCAGAAUAAAACAGGAACUUAGCGUAGGAGCUGCUUUGCACUUGAAGAGUAAACGCAUCCCGAAGCCCAGACCGUCUACGAGAGCCGGACGAAGCUCCUGAGAGCCGAGCUGGUCCGGAUCAGAACCGGGUGUUCAGGAAGCAUCCGUUGGUAGAACCGUAGCUUUCCUCCAGUCUGCCUGCACUGGGAAACAUUUCAGACACAUUUUGUUUUUACAGAGUUCGCUGCCACAGAAAGGACAGAACAAGGGCUGAGUUUUCUUUAAUUUAAACGUGGCAUCCUUUUUUAAAAGGGUUGAUUUAAGGUUUGAAGUGAAACGUUGCAGCGACUGGACGUUAGUUUGAGGGUUUUCAGACGUUAGUUUGAGGGUUUUGGGACUCAUCCUGAUGCUCCGUCGCUGCUCUUCAGGAGGAAACACAUCGUGGUUUCUGGGAUUUCAGACUUUAUAUUCUGGGCUGUUUUAAUUUCAGAUGAACAUAAAGUGGAGGAACAAAGUGUAAAUAAGAGAAUAAGAUGUUAAAAAGUGUAAAUAAAGUUCCUAGGUUUAGUUUUUUUAAAAAUUCAUCCCGUCUGGAAAUACCAUAUGGAAGCCCAUCUCUGCCAAAACUAAAUAAGACACAAAUGAAAAUGUCAGUGGAGCUUACGUGUUUUAUUUCUGACAGUUUUCAUCAGUUUGAAAGUUUGUUUUAUUUAAUUAUUGCCGUCAAUUUUUUUUAUUGACUUUUAUUCUCGAUAUUUUGAUUUAAUGUUUCAUAAGGUUGACCUGAAAGUCUCCUGUUUUUAUUUUGUAAUUUGACACAAAAAUAAAACUAAAUUCAGUUUUGGAAAUGAUGAAUUUGACAGAGUUCUAGUCUGACUCUUAUUUUUAUUUAUCAGUUUUGUUUUAUUGUUUUCAGUAAAUCUAACUUCUAAAAUCUCAAAGUGAAAGUUUCCAGUUUCAGAAAUAUUACUUGUAUUUUUAUUUAUCAUGUUGUUUUUCUUACUAUAUCAUGAGUGAGCUGAUAUCUCAAAGAUUUAAAGGAAAAUUUUGACCUUCAUGAUUAUAAUUCUAAGUUCAAAUGUCGAACUUUAAAAUUUAAAUCCUCUCAGCUGUGAUUCAGUCCAACGUUGGACUGAAUCUCUUGAUUUUGUCUGAAGGCUGUUUUCACAGAUUGACAUGUCGUUUAAGUUUUGUUACUUCCUGUUUUUUCUUGGCGUUUAUGGGCUUCCGUAGAGAACAGAAACUAGUCCAUGGGAAUGGUUGGUGUCCAUCUCAUGUAAAAAGGUGAAUCUUGGCUUCAGCUCCAGGAGUUUUCCAUCCAGACGGCUGAUUAUGCAAAAAGAGAAACUGUGAAGGAAACUUUGAACAAUCAGAGCUUCAUUUUUUGUUCUCCUUUAACUCUGGUUUUUGGACGCUUCGCUGCGUCGCUAACGUCCUUUAGAUCUUUUAGAUGGAAUCUGGUUCUUUCUUUCGCUGCCUUUGGAGAAAGUGCCUGAAUGUGUUGCUCCCAGUUAGAAGAAUAAAACCAGUUUAAUCUGGAAAACUAAACAUCAGAACGUUUUGGUUUCCAGCUGCAGGUUCCAGUUUAAAACUCACAAAUAUAGAAAUAAGUUAAAAAGAAUAAUUUUCUCAAAUGGCUGCAGUUUGCUGGAGAUGGAACUCAUUCCAUCUACAGGACUGAAGGAUUCCAGAUGUUCUCCUGAUUUCUCUCGUCGUGUUUCCAACAUUUCUGAGUUCAGGAAGAUGAACAGAAACUUAUCAAACCGACAAUCCUUCCACAGUUCAGCUAGAAAUCAUUUGAAUCUGCAACACAUCAGGAGGAACUAAAUGCUUUCUGAUGUUAAAAGGAACCAACUCAACCAAACCUGCAUGCUAAUCAGUGUUAGCACUAAGCUAAUUCUGUUCUGGAGAACCAGUUUGGAAACUUUGCCAAAAGUUCUUUGUGGUUGUACCCGAAAUCAGACGAUAAGAUUCUUAUUAGUUUGUUCUCUGUGUGUCCAUGACAGAAAUGUUUAGCCUAGCUUAGCACAAAGACAGGAAGUGAAGGGAAGCUGCUAGCCAAACCUCCAGUAUUGUGCCGCUUUUUUAGAGCUAGCUGGUAGUUAGCAUGUAUGGAACUGAACUAGAUUAGCACAAGAGGUGAAACUUAACGCCAAUUGAUUUAUAAGUUAGCUAACAAGCUAAUGCUAACUGCUGCUAACACUACUUUGUCCAAGUUUUACUUUUUUUUGCACCUGAUAAAUAUGAAAAUUGAACAACUCGUAGCUGACGGAAGGUUGAUUAUUUCAGCUUUGAGGUGAGCUAGGCUAGCAGUGUCUCCCUGCUUCCAAUGUUUGUGCUAAGCUAGGCUAACCAGAGUGGUUGGAUGCUAAUAGAUUAGCUUGCUGAUAAUGGCUUUUACUUUUUAAAGGUGUAACUUUAAGGUAAAACAGUUACAAUCUAAUUAAUGCUGAAUAUGCUGUGUGUUAGCUUUGGCUCCUAUGUUAUGUGCUCAACACUUAACAGUUAGCUACAUUAACUUGCAUAACUAGCUUUAGACGGUUAGCACAGUGAAGGAUUGAUUGCCUGUAGGUACAAGUACAGGCUAGCUGUUUAGUGGCUAGAAAGUUUAUAGUAUUUGUGCUAAGAUAGGCUAACCACAUCUUGGACCUAUCUGAUUUGUUCGUACAUUGCUGGAAGUUCCAUUUAAUAACUUUUUUCAUAGUGGUGGGUGAACGAAUAGCCCCAUGCUAACUGCAGAGAUACUGCUUGUAGUUUUUGUGCUAGGCUAAUCAUGUUCUGCUAGAACUCCAGUUCCACUCAAACAACCGUUAGUGACAAACAGCUAGCCCGAGCUAAAAUGUGAAAAGCUACCUAAUGAUUUGUGACUGUUACCCUCUGUUCCCAGUCUUUGUGCUGUGCUAGGCUAACCAUGUUCUUGGACAAACAGAGAUGAAACUGAUUCCUUAUUUAUCAACACAGCAAAUAAAUGGAUUCCACUUAAACUACCAGACUGGACUUUAAUAUUUUGUAUUUAAAUAAGGAUAUGUAUGGAAGCCUGUUUCUGCCAGUAAAAUAAAAGAAAUAAGUUAGUCCUGAUCUCACACGUCACAACUACAAGAUUUUACUUUUUACUGACUUUUGUGACUUUCUUUAAACAUAGAGGUUAGCUUGACAGAAAUGUAAGAAACAUGGUUUGAUUUUUUUUUAAGGAAUAGUUUGGGGUUGUUUUUUUGAGAAAACUUGAAUUAUAUGUUUUGCAAGAUGUUUGGACAGGUAAAUCUCAAGUCUGUAUGUUUACUAGUUAGCUUAGCAUAACAACUGGAAGCAAAGGGAAACGGCUAAGCUAGCACUGUCCAAAGUUAACAAAUCUUAAAAUACACCUCAGAACCACAGUGUAACAUGCAUUCUAAUGGAAGACUGUAAAUGUGAAGACGACUGUUUCUUGCUAACAAGCUAUGCUAAGCUAACCACCAUGAUUACCACACAGACCUCAGACUGAUUUCCAUUUGAACACGUAAGAAGCUAACUUUUCUCCACAUAGUAAACUGUAGAAGUUUAAUUUCCUUCAGUGUCGACACAGUUUGACUUCAGUACAUUUUAUUCAAGUCCAAUCACCCUGAUCGAUCAAUAAACCUGAUCGAUUGAUCUCCCGUCUUCUUUUUCAUUCUAAACUCUAACCAGAUUUUCUUUAAACUGAGUUUCUUUGGAUGUUUAUGGAUGAAUUAUUUUAUUUUAUAUCCAUCAGACGAGGACGAAACGAAAACUUGCCAAAUGAUGAAUUUGUUCAUUGAUGAAACGUGUUGAGAUUUAUUUUUGACGAAUUUCCUGUUUGAACCUUCAUUAGAACCAAUAAAGUAUUUACUGAUCGA